AUGAUAUUCAUCACAAGACCAACAGAUCUGGGGGUCCUUAUGGGUAAGGAAUUAGGUCAGUUCGUCUUCCUAAGUAGUACUAAGUGCCAUCCAUACGGUUGCAAUUACUUGGUACAGUAUGCAAUUACUUCGGCUUUUAAGAUGAAAUAAGCCGCUUCAUCAUUUAUUUAAGGCAGGCUUGCGAUUUUGUAUGACAAGACUUUUGUGCGAUAUUAAGUGGAUGAAUAUAAUCAGUAAAUCGCGGUCUUAGAAAAUAAAUCUAGCUUACUAUAUAAUCGCGCAUUCAGUAAGACAAUCAUUAUAAUCGCUUGUUUAUAAUCGCUGUCACCAUUUUCAUUCCAAAGAAGUUUCACGAAAAUAACAAAACCUGGAAACUUCAGGCGAAAUGCAGUUACCGGCUGCUUCGAUCAAUUGCUACUACUAGCCACAGUUGAGGACAGCCAUGAUUUGUCUUUGACUGUUUAUUGAGAAGGACCUGGGAGCGAGAACCGACCUAAUACUUCCGCUAUCGUGCUUUCCUUCAGUUUGUGUAUAAUUGCUUUUCCUCCGACCGUCCAACGUUAGAAUCAAUGGCGCAAAGUAAGAGCUUUUUCGAUGAUGUCAAGAAGGAAUUGGAAUGUCCCGUUUGCCAGGAACAGUUUAGUCAAAUCCAUGAACCAAAAAUAAUGAAAUGUCUCCACACUUUCUGCAAGACUUGUCUGGAAGCUUGGUUACGGCAGCAUCGGGAAGAACAGUUAAGCUGCCCGACAUGUCGUCAAAUCACCGAGUGUCCUAACAGCAACAUUAACAGCCUCCCAUCCAACCUUUUUUACAAGCAGAUGGUGGAAAUAGUGGAGGCUUACAGCGGCCAAGGGAAAGAAGAUUCGCCUCAAUGUGGAUUGUGCGACGAAAAGAAAGCUUUGAAAUUUUAUUGCUUUGAAUGCAACAGCUUUUUAUGCGAUGACUGCGUGGGUGUCCAUAAGAAGGGAAAAAUUUUCAGUGGCCACCAUGUAAAAGAUAUCGGUAACUUCCAGUCCUGCGAUGUGCAAGAUUAUGCUCGCCGGGCAAACUAUUGUACAGUACAUAUAGAUGAAAUGAGGUUUUACUGCGAAAAUUGCAAAAGGUGCAUUUGCCGUGACUGCGCCAUUUUGGAACAUCAAGAUCACAACAAGAUUGCGCUUGACCAAGGACUUGAAAACAUCAAGUCUGAAAUUGACAUCAAAGUUCACGAAGCUCAGGAAAACGGGUGUCGUUUGAGAAGUUACAAAGUCUCUCUGGAGAAAAGAAGAAUGAAAGUCAACGGGAGUAUCGAAGAAGCGACAAAAGAAGUGAAGCGAGUCGCUGAACUCUGCAUAUUAUCAAUUCGCCAGCACGAAGCAAGUGUUACGGAACAAUUAAUCAAACAGAAACAAGCCUUUAAAAAUGCAUUCGACAAUCAAAUGACCAUGUUAGACGGAAAACUGAUGGAAAUAGAAAGCACCCUAGCCUUUUCAGAGGAGAUUCUUCUUCGAAAUAACUUACCGGAAAUUUUAAACGUGAAAGCAGUACUUGAAGAGAAGCUUAGAGAAGUCUCUGAUCCCUUGCAACCUUUGGAAGCUAUGCCGAAGCUGGGUUACUCGGAGGUCAAGUACGUUCAAAAUGAUAUCUUCCUGAAAGACGCACCGGGAAAGUUAGUCGCAAACGCAACUGAGCCUUUGUUAUCAGUUGCAGAAGGCAAAGUUGAAGAUGUUGAAGCAGACCCACCUGAGACCUCCAGUGGUGAUCCAGCUCAGCUAGAGACGUAUAUACUGGGUUAGUAUAAAAUUUUGAUCAGUGUUGUAAUCUUGGGGUAUAUAUCUCAAGUUGGGGGCAAUACUCUUCAUUUAAGCUUGUCCGUUUUUUCUCUUAUCAAGCGACGCACUUAAGCGGCACCCUGAUUAAUGUCAAAGAUCUUUUAGAAAUAAAAGAGAGAGAUAUAUUUCUUUAAUUUUUCAUUCAUAUACGUAGGUAUUUAAAUAAGGCUAAAAUACAACUGAUUUCUGCCAACGAAUAUGCAGAAAUUUCUAAGGUAGUAACAUAGUUGCAGUCAUCGAAUUCAAAAUAUUUGUUACAUUUAUGAUUGUCUUCAUUUACGCAUGUUUAACCCUUUUUGGAUGGGUAGACAUAGUGCUUGAAUUUGUGACGGCUAAGUUCGUGUCAGUGUCUUUAUAUUUUCUAGGUGGAAGGAUAAAAUUGUCUGUUUACAAGGACGACAUAACCAAGCAGCGAGUUGAUGUCAUCGUGAAUGCCGCAAAUAGGGAACUUCAACACGAUGCAGGAGUAGCCACCGCCAUUUUGGCCAAGGGAGGAAGAACAAUCAAUGAGGAGUCACAGGCGAUUAUCAGGAUUCGUGGUUUUCUUAAAGAUGGCGAAGUAGUCGUCACCAAUUCUGGGAAACUGCCUUGUAAAGCAAUUGUUCAUGCUGUUGGACCGAGGUGUAAUGACGUGGGAGGUAAGAAAAGUAAGAAGAUUCUUCGACAGGCUUGUCUAAACAGUUUUAUUGAAACAGAAAAACUGAACAUGACGUCUAUAGCAUUACCGGCUAUCGGUUCUGGCAUUAAUGGGGUGCCGAAAGAUGUCUGCGCCGAAGUCAUGUUUAAUGCUGUGGACGAGUAUGCGAGGCGAGGUGACGCAAAAAAGAAGAAAAUCAGUGAUAUAAGGUUCGUAAAUAUAGAUGACUCUUCGGUACAGGCUUUCAGUGAAGAAUUGAAAAAAAGAUAUGGCGUAUACCCUGAAAGGUACAGUCUUGAGAAGGAAACCGGAGGAGACACCUCUGGUCGUUCUCCCUCAUCCGCCGGAGCCGAAGGAGGUCGUUCCGCUGUGCCGCCUUCAAGAUCCAGUCGAGGUAGAGGCCAAAGCAGGGACAACCGUCACGCUACAAAUAGGAACGACACAGGCAUUGGCCAUCAUGGCAACAGCUCCUUUGACUUUUCAGCUGCUAACAGCGUUCAUCCCUUGAUGAUUCCGUCUGAUCAUCUUACAACUACGGACUCAUACAGUAACGCGGUGAAAGGAAAUACACGUAGUCACGAUCUGUUGCAAGAUCACCAGCCUCAAGGAAAUGGAGGAACCAUAUGGGGUGGAUUUUCUAUCCCUUUUAACGGAGGCGGUGAAGCCCAUGCGGACAAAAACGAGGAAGGUAGUCUGUAUAACUUAAAUUGCAAUACCGCAACUUAAAAUAACAAUUUCCGUAAAACCGCAUCACCGCAAACCGUUACGCUCCCCUUGCUGAUGGACGACAAAAGGGGGCGGGCGGAUGGAGGGCACAGAAAGGUUUAUGCGGUAAUGCUUUUUCCUAAGGACAAAACCCCUUUUAUAACAAACAAAAUACACAACUUCCACAGGGCUGGUACCACCUUCAUGUAUCUAGAAGCGUUUCCGGUUAAUAGCUGAGCUACAAAUUGACAAAAUCUAGAGAGGAAAAUUCAACACAUUUACAUUUAUUAUUUAUAAACAAUUUACAUACAAAUGAAAAGGUAGACGAGAGCUAAAAACUUACUAAAUACUUUUACAAAAAUGUACAAACAUUUAAGUAAACAAUACAGAGCUACUCUGAAACUCUAGAAUCGGAUGGCUAUCUAUCUUUUAUUCAUUUCAUGAUUAUCGAUAAACAUUCCACAUCCAGGCGACCCAUAUUCCUAUCCCUAGCAGUUCUUUCGCUUCAGAAGUGCAAUUCAUAUUUAGCUGGGGUCAUAACCUUUAUUUUUCGCAGAGGUCUGUCCUAUUUGUCUUGAUAAAAAAUCAAGGCCACGAAGUUUGAAGUGCAAGCACAGUUUUUGCUCAGAAUGCAUUCAAGCUACUUUAAAUGUGUGUAACAAGUGCCCGGUAUGUCAACAGCCUCAAGGUGUUAUGGUAGGAAACCAGCCCCGUGGACAGAUGACAUUUAGUAUUGAUCGUUACAGCGUUCCAGGCUAUGAAGGUAAAAUUCCAUACCGAGAAAAACCAACUUUACGCUAUAACUACAUUUCCGUUUGUCUUGUACUUAAAAACAACAACAGUAACAACAAGUCGCAUUUAAAGUUGCUAAAAUUGGCUCUGGUGGCAAAGGUAUGUCCUUGUCAGGGGCGUAGCUAGCUUCUCGACUAGUUGUAGGCCCGGCGGCUGACUUUCAUUUCCACAUAUCCUGAAAAUAGACCAUUUUUCGAUAUAUUAAAAUUCAUAGUUGGCUCCGAGCCUUGGGGGAAUAAAACAAAAAAAAUGUAUUAUUCGUUGCUGAGCCUCAAGAUGAUUUCUUUUGUUUUAUUCCCCCAAGCCUCGCAGCCAAGUAUGAAUUUUAAUGUAUCGAAAUUGGUCUAUUGCACACAUGACUAGUACCCACUGACCUCACCAACACUUUGAACUCUUAAGCUUGUAGCUCAUCUCAACAACGCAUAAGUUAUUACAAGCGGUAUAGUGAUCAAAGCAAAAAUUUGUAGGCCCGGACCUACAGGUCUCAAUCGGCUGGCUAUAGACCCUGCUUUUAUAUGUAAUAAAUUUACGUAUACGUGCUGCCAAUGUAGGUAUCGUUUCAAACGUACCAUAUGCUUAUUCUGCUGCAUAUUCUUCUGUGUCGGUUUAUAUCCUAUAAUGUUGCCAUUAUAUGAAACGUUUGUAGGCUACGGCACAAUCGUCAUCAAUUAUUACUUGCCGUCGGGAUUACAAGGUCCAGAACAUCCAAAUCCUGGUCGGCAUUAUGACGGUACUUCACGCACUGCUUAUCUUCCGGACAAUCGUGAAGGACAACAGGUGCUGCAGCUUUUGAGGAGAGCGUUUGAUGCUCGACUGGUGUUUACAGUGGGCACCUCCAGUACAUCAGGGCUUACAAAUCAAGUGAUAUGGAAUGAUAUUCAUCACAAGACCAACAGAUCUGGGGGUCUUUAUGGGUAAGAAGAAAUUCUGAAUAAGCAACAUAUAUAGUGCAUACAUGCUUUCCUGGAGUACGUCUUGUCACCAGUCUCCGGGGCCAAGCAGACGUCAAGCAGACGUCAAGCAGACGUGAAGGUGUACCCUAUAUAUUACGAGAAGCACCGCUGCAAGGUUCUGUACGGCAAUAAGUGAAGCAAGGUUUUGCAAAAUAAAUACUUCGCGAUCGUCGAAUCGAGCAGUCAUUAAGGAAGUCUUUGUUUGAGGUUUAAUACUGUGAUACGACAAUCGCUAACAAUUGUUUCCUCGUUUUGCAUUUACCUAGUAUCCAGUAUCAUUGUAUCCUUUUAUCUUUAUAGUAUCUAUUCAUCCAUCCAUCCAUCCAUCCAUCACUCCCGCACUUCUUCCUUUCAUUUAUCCAUCAUCCGUUCGUCCUUCGCUUUAUUCAUUCAUCCAUCGAGUCCCAACCAUGUUUUGAACCGUCCUACUAUCUACCCGCUUCAUGUAACUAUUUACUAUGGCUUGGUACCUUUCGCUUAUUGCUAACAGGAAUUAUCUUAGCUUUCUUGACGCUUUAAAGCAGUCUUUUUUACCUAUUAACGUGGUUUUGUCUUUGUUUAAGGUUUGGCUAUCCCGAUCCAGACUAUCUUCGGAGGGUCAAAGAAGAAUUGGCGGCUAAAGGAAUCCAAUAA